AUGUCAACGAAUCUUGAAUUCGAGCAACUUAGCGAGGACGAGCGACUUCUCUUCAUGGGACGAGUCGACGCCGCCAUUGAGGCGUUCGACGAGAACAUUGAUUCUUUGAAAAUGUGGAAACGAGACUUCAGCGAACACUUCUUCAAUGAGCCCAUUUACUGGUCUCUUGAGGUGAAACUGGGUUUGAGUGAAUUGAGGUCGUUCUUGGAAAACAAGAACUGCGACUUGACCACUUUAAUUGAUUUGGAGAUUGCUGUUUGUGAAAUACAACAGUACAAAUUGAACAGAAUCGGCCGAUUCGCACAAGAAACUCUUUCCCCGGAUGGGUUUACCGCGGAGAACAUCUUCGUCACGUACUUUGCAUGGGAAGGCCUUAAAAAUGGUAGAUACCCAACUCGGGAGAGUGACAUGGUGGAAGUUGCGUUCAAUCCACGGAAGGACUCCAAAUUCUUCCGAGUGUUCUCGAUCAAAAAAUUGGACCUCAUCUCCAACUCGAACUGGGAACUCGAGAGAUCCAUCAUUGUGGAACCUGCCGAAGAAGCGGAACCAGUUCUGGACAGACGUGAUCACCUGGUCCGUCAUCGCUCCAUUUCUGUUCCUUCAACUGGAAGUGACGGUGAUUUGGAGUACACAAUUCUGGAGGAAGGAGGGUUUGAAGAGUUUGAGGAAGUUAUUACGGAGGCGCUCGACGAUCAAUCCGAUUGA